AAGAAUAUGGCAAGAACGAAACAGACCGCUCGCAAAUCCACCGGCGGUAAAGCCCCUAGGAAGCAGCUGGCCACAAAGGCAGCACGAAAGAGCGCGCCGGCCACCGGCGGCGUCAAGAAGCCUCACCGCUAUCGUCCUGGUACUGUGGCUCUCCGCGAGAUUCGCCGCUACCAGAAGUCCACCGAGCUGCUCAUCCGCAAGCUACCAUUCCAGCGCCUUGUUAGGGAGAUUGCUCAAGACUUCAAGACCGACCUGCGCUUCCAGAGCUCGGCAGUCAUGGCCUUGCAAGAGUCAAGCGAGGCCUACUUGGUGGGUCUGUUUGAGGACACCAAUCUGUGCGCUAUCCACGCAAAGCGGGUCACGAUCAUGCCAAAAGAUAUUCAACUGGCCCGUAGGAUCCGAGGCGAGAGGGCCUAGGCUAUCUCUUCACCACCACAACGGCUCUUUUAAGAGCCACCACAAUGACAUCUAAGUGAAACAUUCCUCUACAUUGUCAAAUGUCAAUAUUUACAGCACUGUUGAGAUCUUGUACAACAAAUGCUGCUACUGGUCACUCUGAAACGGUUUGAUGAUUUUCUGCACAAACUCAUUGUAUUGUAUACUACCACUGAUCACUUUAGCUCUGCUUGAUGCUUUGCACAGUGUCUCACAGUUGUCACUGGGUGGUACUAUGGUU